UAAACCAGAUUAAAACAUUUGCACAUGCGCAGCGAAACAGGAAGAGUGAUUAAUGAUUAAUUAUUAAUGGCAGUUAAACAUGUCGGAACACAGCCCUGGAGUUUAACUCCCAAAUUAAGCGUCUUGCUGUAACAGACAGGUUGUUAGUCCAUAGCAUGAUGUCUGCGGAACAGAAAGUGAAACAGAUACACACAAGCCUUCUGACUUCCAUUUCGGAUACAAUGGUAGAAACAGACAAAGAGUACGAGAACUUCAUUAUCCAUAUGGGUGUAUACGUUGAACGUGGCCUUAUUAUGCAACAUAAAACGUUUUUAGGAAAACUGAGCACUCUGGAGAAAAAGGCAUUUCUUGGACCUGGAAAUUAUAAAUUUCUUAAAGAAAUAUGUAUUAAAAGCGGGAACAAUUACCUGAUAGACUACAUAGAGACUGCUGAAAAAGAAAUUAUGAAGGUUCGGAAGGAAUAUGGAGAAGGAGCCCUAUCUGGAUCCAAACAACUGAAGGGUGUGGAUGAGUCAUUAGACACUGAUGAUGCUACUGAAGAAGAAUCAACACAUAUUGAGGCUAGUAAUCUGCAUAUUGAACAACGUUACCAAGACAGUACACCUAGAAAACGGCCUACUUCAGACUUGUCUGAUCUAGCCCAUUCUGGGUCAAAACAAGCAAGGAAUGAGUAUGAAACACAAAAGGCGGAAGGGCGAUGUUACCAUACUAACAAAGACGUAUCAACCACUAUUGAACCUAUCGAUGUGCAGGCCCAACAACGUAUGCGACAGAGUGUACAUAGAAAACGGCGCUCUUCAGACUCUCCUCUACUAGACACGUUUAACAGUCCUACGGAAAAACAGCAGUACAAUAACUGGGUUUAUGCUGGACUAUUGCUUAAAUGUGUUCUUCAAGUACUUUCGCCUUUCUGCAAUGAUAUUGUAAACAAGCAGCACCGUGUGAUAUUAAAUAACGUGAAACGAAAACACAACAUUAAGAAUAUAGAGUGCGGCGGGUGCAUCUUGUGGAACCUUCAACCAGACCACGUUCGCACAAAAAGAACCCAUUGUCCGUUUGGUCAAUCCAGAUGUAACUGUAUGUUCCCGCGGGAUAAAAUACCUUGUCCAAAUUAUGUAUGUGGCGCUAUAUACGACGAGAUAAUUAAACUCCAUACCCCCCAGACACCAGGACCAUACUGGGAGAACACAGAUAUACAAAAAUGGUGCACAGAUCCAUGGUCAAUUGCUAAAUGUUUCAUCAGUCAUGCAUCUAAAAGCAUAUCAGACACCGACAUUUCUGGAAUACUACAACUAAUUGGCAACAACAUAGAGUUUCAUAACCAUAUUACAGAAAUGAAUCGUAUCACGAAGUUACGUCAGUGGAGAAACGCAGUAGCCCAUUCCCCUACUAUGGAGCUUGAUGACAAGCAACUCGACAUAUUGUUUGAGGAUAUAACAACCUUAUUAGAAAACGAACAGGAACUCAAGACCAGACAGGAGACGGAAGACGUUAUGAAGAUAUUGCAAGCUCUCAAGGAGAACCCUUUCGAAAUAAACACAAAAGCUGAAACUGAAGCUGUUUCUGAUGCUUUGGUGUACACAAGACAAAGUAUAGAGGACAUAUGUCAGAGAAUUGAAGAUUUACAAGAAUAUCUAACCAACAAAACGGCAACAAAUAAAGAUAGAAGUUGUUCUGAACAACCGUAUGCUUCCAGACGAUUUGAGUCGUUAGAAACAAGAGUCAGACAGCUGGAGCGUGAAAUGGAAGGCCUGAAACAGGCCGAAAUAAAGCAGUUAACAAAUGCUGAGGCAAUUCUAGAUAAAAGGUUGCCAAGAGAACUCAAAACAGACCCAUUCACAAGACAACUUUAUAACAAAGCACUUCAAAAUGAUAGCUCGAAAGAAAAAAGCAUAAAAGUAAUGGUAAUAGGGUGUUAUAAACAUGGUAAGACGUCAUUAGUCAGAAGACUUCUUGGACAGAAAUUAGACGAUAGAGCGCCUACAAAUGGAAUAGAAGUUCAUAGAUGUAUUGCAAAGCCUAAUGGUGAAUGGAAAGAAGUGAAGACAGAAGAAUCAGAAAGAAAAUUCUUCAGACAACUUUCAAAACAAACGCCGGAAACAGAAGAUCAUGAAAGUACUCCUCAUAAAAUACUACCAAAUCAAGAAACUAGUACUAAAUCCAGAAAGGAAAAAUGUGUACAUGACUAUGACAGAGAAUAUUCAUUAUCUGCCUCUGACGCAUCUGCCACAAAACAGUCAGAAAAUAUUUUUCAGAAGUUCAAGAACGAGUUCCAAAUGUCUUUUGAUACCAAAGGUAAUUUAAACGACAUUAUAGAUUUAAGCAUCUUAGAUUUAAGCGGUAAGUUUACAUAUUAUGCAACGCAUCAGAUAUUGCUUUCAACACGCGCUGUAUAUAUCUUAGUAAUUAAUCUGAAAGACGAUCUAAAUGAAAUUUUGACUUACACUGAUAAUCCCGGUGAAACACAUACAAAAUCAUUGCGAGAAUACAUUUCAUUUUGGGUUAAUUCAAUUCACACCUUCGUUGGCACAGAAGAUGGAUAUUUCCCGCCAAUAUUUUUAGUGGGUACACAUAAAGAUGAAAUAGAUAUUGAUGACAGCAAAGUGUUUUCUGAAAUUAGGAAAAUGUUUAAGAACAAUCCUGCCUUAAACCAUCUACAAAUGAAAACAUUUUCCGUUUCAAAUACUAACACUGAAUUAUCAAAGGCAGAUUUUAUUUCUGUACGGUCUCUAAUAAUCGAAGUCGGAAAACAACAGCCCAUGACCUACUUUUAGAAUUCUUGCAGGGCCAUCAUAUUAUAGCAAACGUUCAAAAAUAUGACGAACAUAAUUCUACCAUUGUUCAAAGUGCAGGAUACUAUAUUGCUCCGAGUUUUUUGAAGUCGUCGGUUAGAAGUAAUAAAAUAAAAGCCUUUCUUAAAGGAAAGAAUACAUCUAACGUAUCUCUGAAAUAUGGACGUAUUUCCCAAAAGGUCUUACCUAUAUUAUUCAAUAAGAUACUUGCAGCAUUGGUUGGCAAAUGGCCUAUUAGCAACUUGGAUGAAAUUCCUUUGAUCUUUGACAAUUUUGUUGCUUGUGAGCCUCAGCGGGAUCACGCGGUUUUACUGAUUCUAGCAGAAAAUGGGAUAGAAUUACUCACGGUUAGUUUUCUUAAGAAAGUUGUUAGUUCUAAAAUCUGUGAUGAUUUUCGAAGGUUUGUUGAACAAAUUAUGAAAGAAGAAAUAUAUGAACUUCGUUUCAAAAAUGUUCAGCAAAACAAAGAACUUUUUUCUGUGUCCGUAAGGUGUAGACAUUCCUUUCAUAAAUAUAGGGGAAACAAAUGUACAUUUGCCCUUCAUGAGAUAAAAAGCAGCGAUACAGCCAUCCCAUGUCCAGACAAAAGAAAUCAUGAAAUAAAACAUGAAUACAUUUCACAGUGGUUUCCAGACACAAUGAUUACAAUGCCAACACGUAUUCAAACAAGAAGACUUAAUGCUAACGAAUACAGCAAACUGGCUGUAAAAUUUGGGAGAAAUUGGCAACAAUUUGCAAAUACGUUAGGGAUAAACAAUGAGGUAGUUGAGCAGAUAGAAAUUGAUAACUUUUCAGAGCAAUUUAGAAUAUAUCAAUUAUUCUUGAAAUGGGAUGAAAAGGAAGGUGAAAAUGCCUCUUUUGGUAAAUUAGUACAGACCGUUUUACAAACACCGGGUUUAUUGGUGGACUUGGAUGAGAUAAAAAACUUUAUGAACGACUUAUAAAAAUUUAGCGGGAAAACAAUAUCUGUGUAUAUUUAGUGGACAAGACAAAUUUGUGAAGAAUUCAAAAGCGAGCUAUAUUGUUUUCAUUUUAACUGGAAAAGUGCAUAUAUUGAUGUCUUUGCAAAAUACUACAAAAAUUGUUGUUUAAAAAUCAAAAUAUU